GUUCCUCCCACCGUAGCCGGUUUCUAGACUCACUGCCCCCGCCCCUGCGGGCAGGACUCUGCAGACCGUAGGCUCCAGGGCCGUUACCAUUGUUCUUCGAGGCUGGGCGGCAGGAGAGGACCCUCGCAGACCAGACCUCGCCUCUGGUCUCUCCUUCCGCCCCGCAUCCCGGCGGCCGCGAGCCUCGGAAGCCCCCCUCGCCGAGCUUUCCCGAGGAAGCAAGUCAGCCCCAGAGCUCUCCCGAACGGCGCCGAAGACGCCCCCGAGUGUUUACGAAGAAUCCCGACCGCUAGUAGUCUACGGAAAGAGCCGAAGGGGCCUCCCACCCUCGGCCUACCGAGCCAUUCCGAAAAGGCCCGAAGUUUGCCGAGCGGCCGUCCUGCCGGACUGCUGGAGGCGGCCGUAGCGCCAUGUUGGAUGCUCUGCUCCUUGAGUGAAGAAAAUCCGCCGGCAUCGCUUGAGCCCCGCUACCGAGAAGGGCGCCGCUUCCCCCGGGGAGGGGGAUAAAGACCCCCCGCCGCCGGCCCAUGAGGAUAUUGCCGUGAAAGGUCCGGUCUCUUCGCCUCCUGCCCCCGCCGGGUCCGGCCCCCCCCCUGGGGUCGCGUUGUCACGGAGACCGGCAGCCGGUGGUGCUGGCCCGCGGGGCGGCUGCUGCUGCCGGCGGCGGCGGCGGCGGCGGCGGCGGCGGCGGCGGGCGUGUGUGACCGGCCCCGGCCCCCUCCUUCUCCUCCUCCCAGCCUCCCCCUGGCCCCCCGCUCCCGCCGCCUCCCCGGGUCUGCCCCCAUCCCGCCCCUCCGCCGCCCCCGGCCCCUGCACCCCGGCGCGCCUGGUCCCGCUCUGGGGGGGUUGGUGGCUUCGCUUUGCCAUGAGUUUACCGCAGAAACCGGCUCUGAAAUCAGGCUCAGCGGCUGCAGCAGGAACCGGACCCGGCACCGGAGCGGCGGCGGCGGCGGCAGCGGUACCGCCUCCUCACCCGGCGGCGGCAGCAGCAGCGGCGGCGGCGGCGGCGGCGGCAGCGGCCCCUCCUCACCCGAACAUCAGGGCCCUCCAGACCCAGGCGCCCCAACAAAUCCCUAGAGGACCUGGGCAGCAGCCCCUGGAGGACCGGAUCUUCGCACCCGCAGUCUCGGCGGUGUACAGCGCGGUAGCAAGACAGCCAGGACCCCCGACCCCUUCCCCUUAUGCAGCACAUGAAAUAAACAAGGGGCAUCCAAAUCUUGCGGCAACGCCCCCGGGACAUGCAUCGUCCCCUGGCCUCUCUCAAACCCCUUAUCCCUCUGGACAGAAUGCAGGUCCUACCACGUUGGUAUACCCUCAAGCCCCUCAGACAAUGAAUUCGCAACCUCAAACCCGUUCUCCGCCCAGCAGAACAGUGCCAAUACAUUGCACAGACAACUGGAAGAGGAGGAAGGUUUUGGAACAGACUCCCGUUUACAGGUCCUUGGCUGGAAGAGGCUGGAUAAAAUACUGCAUUUUUGCAGCGGGGCCUCGACCUGCCCAUCAUCAGGGAGGAUUCAGACCUAUCCAGUUUUUCCAGAGGCCUCAAAUACAGCCUCCUAGAGCUACCAUCCCGAACAGCAGUCCUUCUAUUCGUCCUGGUGCACAGACCCCCACUGCAGUAUAUCAGGCCAAUCAGCACAUCAUGAUGGUUAACCAUCUGCCCAUGCCGUACCCAGUGCCCCAGGGUCCUCAGUACUGUAUACCACAGUACCGUCAUAGUGGUCCUCCUUAUGUUGGGCCCCCUCAACAAUAUCCAGUUCAACCACCGGGGCCAGGUCCUUUUUAUCCUGGACCAGGACCUGGAGACUUCACCAAUGCUUACGGAACACCUUUUUAUCCAAGUCAGCCAGUUUAUCAAUCAGCACCUAUCAUAGUGGCUACCCAGCAGCAGCCCCCUCCAGCCAAGAGAGAGAAAAAAACAAUAAGAAUUAGGGAUCCAAACCAGGGAGGUAAAGACAUAACAGAAGAGAUUAUGUCUGGAGGUGGCAGCAGAAAUCCUACUCCACCCAUUGGGAGACCCACAUCCACACCUACUCCUCCCCAGCAGCUGCCCAGCCAGGUCCCCGAGCACAGCCCUGUGGUUUAUGGGACUGUGGAGAGCGCUCAUCUUGCUGCCAGCACCCCUGUCACUGCAGCUAGCGACCAGAAGCAAGAGGAGAAGCCAAAACCAGAUCCAGUGUUAAAGUCUCCUUCCCCAGUGCUUAGGCUAGUCCUUAGUGGGGAAAAGAAAGAACAACUGGGCCAGAUGUGUGAGACUACUGCAGCAGUGUCCAUACCAGAGCUUCCUCUGCCUCCAUCACCAGCUGCUGUUUCUCCAAUUGCCCGAAGUUCAAUUGCUUCCCCCACUUCUGCUGCUCUUAGUAGCCAGCCAAUAUUCACCACUACUCUAGAUGACAGAUGCGACCUCUCCUCCUCAAAAGAAGAUACAGUUCCUGUACCCAGCCUCACAUCUUGCACAGAAACAUCAGGCCCUUCGCAAACUGAUGUAAUUGAUGAUGACAUAUGCAAGAAAUCUUGUAGUGUAGCUCCUAAUGAGAUUCCACUAAUUUCUAGUACUAACCUAAUUAAUGAGAUGAAUGGAGUUAGUGAAAAAUUACCAGCCAUGGAGAGCAUUGUGGAAUUAGUAAAACAGGAGGUGUUGCCAUUGACUCUUGAAUUGGAGAUUCUGGAAAAUCCCCCAGAAGAAAUGAAAGUGGAAUGUGUUUCAGCUCCCAUCACCCCUUCUACAAUUCCUUCCUUUUCUCCAUCUCCUCCAACUCCUCCUGCUUCUCCUCCUCCCACACCAGUCAUUGUUCCUGCUGCUGCCACUGAUGUUGGUGCUGCUGGUGCUCCCACUGCAGUCCACAGAGUCUUAGAAGAGGAUGCGGGCAUAAGAACUUGCUUUAGUGAAGAUGUAAAAGAGAUUCAGAACAAAACAGAGAUAGAAGCAGAUGGGCAAACAGAAGAGAUUGUGGAGUCUCAGAACUUAAGUUCAAGAAAGAGCCCUGCCCCAGCUCAGACAGCUAUAACUGCACCAAAGAUGUGGAAGAAACCAAAAGAUCGGACCCGAACCACUGAAGAGGUGUUAGAAGCAGAAUUGGAGCUUACAGUUGAAGAGGAACUUUCAGGUGACAAAAUACUUGAAUCUGAGCAGGAUAAAAUGAGCCAAGGGUUUCAUCCUGAGAGAGAUUCCUCAGACCUAAAAAAAGUGAAAGCUGUGGAAGAAAAUGGAGAAGAAGCUGAGCCUGUACGUAAUGGUGCUGAGAGUGUUUCUGAGAGUGAAGGAAUAGAUGCUAAUUCAGGCUCCACUGAUAGUUCUGGUGAAGGGGUCACAUUCCCAUUUAAACCAGAAUCCUGGAAGCCUGCUGAUACUGAAGGCAAGAAGCAGUAUGACAGGGAGUUUUUGUUGGACUUUCAGUUCAUGCCAGCCUGUAUACAGAAACCAGAGGGUCUGCCUCCCAUCAGUGAUGUAGUCCUUGACAAGAUCAACCAACCCAAAUUGCGAACUCUAGACCCUCGGGUUUUGCCUCGAGGACCAGAUUUUACUCCAGCCUUUGCAGAUUUUGGAAGGCAAAGCCCUGGUGGAAGAGGUGUAUCUAUUUGCAAAGUGCAGAGCAGGCAUGGAUUGCCAAUUCUGGAACAGAGCAAAGCCCCUACUUGCACUCCACUGGCGAUGUCGCACCCACCCCUGAAGAGCCUGCCUCUAGGGUUAUUGAAUGUUGGACCACGGAGAUCUCAACCUGGCCAGAGAAGAGAGCCCAGGAAGAUCAUAACAGUCCCUGUGAAAGAGGACGUGCACCUGAAAAAGGCAGAGAAUGCCUGGAAGCCCACUCAGAAACGCGACGGCCAAGCUGAGGAUCCCGAGAACAGUAAAACCCAGGAACUUUUUAGAAAAGUUCGAAGUAUCUUAAAUAAGUUGACACCACAGAUGUUCAACCAACUGAUGAAGCAGGUGUCAGGACUUACUGUUGACACAGAGGAGCGGCUGAAAGGAGUCAUUGACCUGGUCUUUGAGAAGGCUAUUGAUGAACCCAGCUUCUCCGUGGCUUACGCAAACAUGUGUCGAUGUCUAGUAACGCUGAAAGUACCCAUGGCAGACAAGCCUGGGAACACAGUGAAUUUCCGGAAGCUGCUAUUGAACCGUUGCCAGAAGGAGUUUGAAAAAGAUAAAGCAGAUGAUGAUGUCUUUGAGAAGAAGCAGAGAGAACUCGAGGCUGCCAGUGCUCCAGAGGAGAGGACAAGGCUUCAUGAUGAACUGGAAGAAGCUAAGGACAAAGCCCGGCGGAGAUCCAUUGGUAACAUCAAGUUCAUUGGGGAACUCUUUAAACUCAAGAUGCUGACUGAAGCCAUCAUGCAUGACUGUGUGGUGAAGCUGCUGAAGAACCAUGAUGAAGAAUCCCUAGAGUGCCUGUGUCGCCUGCUCACCACCAUUGGCAAAGAUCUGGAUUUUGAGAAAGCAAAGCCACGUAUGGACCAGUAUUUUAAUCAGAUGGAGAAAAUUGUGAAAGAAAGAAAAACCUCAUCUAGGAUUCGAUUCAUGCUUCAGGAUGUGAUAGACCUACGGCUGUGUAAUUGGGUAUCUCGAAGAGCAGACCAAGGGCCUAAAACUAUUGAGCAGAUUCACAAAGAGGCUAAAAUAGAAGAACAAGAAGAGCAGAGGAAGGUCCAACAGCUCAUGACCAAAGAGAAGAGAAGACCAGGUGUCCAGAGAGUGGAUGAAGGUGGGUGGAACACUGUACAAGGGGCCAAGAAUAGUCGGGUACUGGACCCCUCAAAAUUCCUGAAAAUCACUAAGCCCACAAUUGAUGAGAAAAUUCAGCUGGUACCUAAAGCACAGUUGGGCAGUUGGGGAAAAGGCAGCAGCGGUGGAGCAAAGGCAAGCGAGACUGAUCCCUUACGGUCAAGUGCUUCCAGCUUAAACAGAUUCUCUGCUUUACAACCUCCAGCACCCUCAGGGUCUACAUCCACACCUUUAGAGUUUGAUUCCCGGCGGACCUUAACCAGUCGUGGAAGCACAGGCAGGGAGAAGAAUGACAAACCCCUUCCACCUGCAACAGCUCGUCCGAACACUUUCAUAAGGGGCAGCAGCAGUAAAGACCUGUUAGACAAUCAGUCUCAAGAAGAGCAACGAAGAGAGAUGCUAGAGACUGUGAAACAGCUUACAGGAGGCAUGGAUGUGGAAAGGAACAUCGCUGAGGCUGACCGGAGCAAAGCCAGGGAGUCAGUAGUGAAACCAGAAAUUCCAACAACAUCAGCCCCUGACAAGCCCUCAUUGUCAGAAGAGGAAAUGGAGAGGAAGUCCAAAUCUGUCAUUGAUGAAUUUCUACACAUUAAUGAUUUUAAGGAAGCCAUGCAGUGUGUGGAGGAGCUGAAUGCCCAGGGCCCGCUACACGUGUUUGUGAGAGUGGGGGUUGAGUCCACCCUGGAAAGGAGCCAAAUCACCAGGGAUCACAUGGGCCAGUUACUGUAUCAACUGGUACAGUCGGAGAAGCUCAGCAAGCAGGACUUUUUCAAAGGCUUUUCAGAAACAUUGGAAACAGCAGAUGACAUGGCCAUUGAUAUUCCUCAUAUUUGGUUGUACCUUGCUGAACUGGUAACUCCCAUGUUAAAAGAAGGCGGAAUCUCCAUGCGAGAACUUAUCAUAGAAUUUUGCAAACCUUUACUUCCUGUUGGAAGAGCUGGAAUCUUGCUUUCUGAAAUAUUGCACCUUCUAUGCAAACAAAUGAGCCAUAAGAAAGUGGGAGCCCUAUGGAGGGAGGCUGACCUCAGCUGGAAGGACUUUUUACCAGAAGGGAAAGAUGUACAUAAUUUUCUCUUGGAACAGAAGUUGGACUUUAUAGAAUCUGACAGUUCCUGUUCCUCCGAAGCACUUUCAAAGAAAGAACUCUCUGCUGAAGAGCUCUAUAAUCGACUUGAGAAGCUUAUUAUUGAGGAGAAAGCAAAUGAUGAGCAGAUCUUUGACUGGGUAGAGGCUAAUCUAGAUGAAAGCCAGAUGAGUUCACCUACAUUCCUUAGAGCUUUAAUGACAGCCGUUUGUAAAGCAGCUAUUAUAAUAGCUGACUGUUCCACCUUCCGAGUGGACACUGCUGUUAUCAAGCAGAGAGUGCCGAUCUUACUCAAGUACCUAGACUCGGAUACAGAGAAGGAACUGCAAGCACUUUAUGCACUACAAGCAUCAAUAGUCAAACUUGAUCAACCUGCCAAUUUGCUACGGAUGUUUUUUGACUGCCUGUAUGACGAAGAGGUAAUCUCCGAGGAUGCCUUCUACAAAUGGGAAAGCAGCAAGGACCCCGCAGAGCAGAAUGGGAAGGGUGUGGCCCUCAAAUCUGUCACAGCAUUCUUCACGUGGCUCCGGGAAGCGGAAGAGGAAUCGGAGGAUAACUAAAACUUCAAAUACACACAAAGAAACAAAAGAAACAAUUUAAGUAUUUUUUUAAAAAGUUUCACGUCUUCGCCAAUCACAGUGCAGCAAGGCCAAUUCUCGCAGAAACCCCCACGUGUGCACGAGUGGGAGAGGGGAAAGAGAAAAAAAGGUGAUCAUGGAGGAAAAAGGUACUGGAAAAAAGUAAACUUCAUCCUGAGGGCGGGAGCACUAAAACCAAAAUACAUGUAUUAUUUAUAGAAAAUAUUUUCUGUUAUAAUCUUUUCUUUUUAAACGAGGACUCAUACUUUUAAAAAACACAUCUGUUUAGCAAAAAAAAAAAAGUUGAGUACUUUUAAUUUAUUUUAAGGACUGCAAAUGCCAGUGUAAUUUUUUAAUUUGCAGUUUCUGUAAACAACUUGUAUAAUAGAAAAGCAGAGAAAUAAAUUUCCCUCCCCUUCAGACGCACCUCACGUUUGUUUUAAUGCAGAGUAGUUAGUCCAGAUUUAAGAAGGUUUGGGGUGAACAAGGUAAGAAAGAUUUUUUUUAAUUUUAAUUUUAUUUUAUUUCUUGGUAUCAAAUCUUUCUGCCUGCCUCUCAGCUUGCUUCAGAAAAAAAAAAAAAAUCACAAUAGUAAUUGAAACAUACAUAACCUUGGAACAGAAGGAAAUGCUGUGGACCAGAGAACUCCAAGAAUUGUUUAAAAAAAAAAAAAAAAAGUGCUACCCUUGGAAAAGUACUCUUAAUACUUUUGAAA